GAUGGCGGCGGGUCAAGAGUAGACGGAAUUGCUGGAGGAAAGAGAGCUGGAAGAGCUGAUGGAGAGGAACUUCUUUGACGACCCGUCUCCGCGGGUUGGAUUUCCAAAGAGAAUCACGGGCUUCUCUGAUACCAUGCUUUGUAAGGGUCUGAACAACAGGUACUGUGUUUUACAAGUCCAAGAAAAUGAUCUUGAGAAACAUCUGACAAUCACAGCUGCUGCUUCUCUUGAGGACACAGAACUGUGCAUCCUAAGGAAUGACUGGAUUUCUGUUCCAGUUCAGCCUGGAGAUAUCAUUCAUCUAGAAGGAGAAUGCAGUUCUGGUAUCUGGAAAAUCGAUGUAGAUUCGGGAUACUUAAUUCUCUAUCCAGAUCUAUUACUUUCUGGCACCACUGUAUCAAAAGGCAUUCGAUGCAUGAGGAAGGCUAUACUGAGUGAAAAAUUCAGGAGAUGUGAGUCUGGUUCUCGUCCAAUGCUGAUAGGUACAAUUCUACAUGAAAUUUUCCAGAAAGCAGGAACAAACUUUACACAAGAAAAACUGCAAGAAAUUGCCUUCUCCGUUGUUCAUGGACUAAAGUACCUAAAACAGCUGUACCAGUUAAAUCUGAAUGAAAAUGAUAUUAUGCAGGACAUAGAGGAAUACCUUCCAUCUUUUAUUAAAUGGGCGGAAAAUUUCAUGUCUAAGUUCAACCAUUCAAGCCAACCUAAUAUGCAAUUAAAAUUGCCCAGAGAUAUUGAUUACUCCUCUUGCACUGUCAAAGUUACAGAAAUCCUGGAUGUUGAGGAGAAUAUCUGGUGUCCUAGAUUUGGUUUAAAGGGCAAGAUUGAUGUUACAGUUGGUGUAAAAAUUCAUCACAGAUCUAAAACUCAUUUCAAGAUAAUGCCACUGGAGCUUAAAAGUGGCAAGGAAUCUAACUCUAUAGAGCAUCGAAGUCAGAUUGUUUUGUACUCACUCUUGUGCCAAGGAAAGCGAAUUGAUCCCGAAGCUGGAUUGCUCCUUUAUCUUAAAACUGGUAAUAUGUUUCCUGUACCUGGAAAUCGCCUAGAUAGGAGAGAACUAAUUAAAAUAAGAAAUCAGUUGGCCUUCUAUUUGCUCCACAGCACAUGUAAAUCUGACUCGGGGAAGGAGCAGACAGAGCUUGCUUCUUUGCCUCCUUUUACUGAUGAUAGUCACAUGUGCAGCUAUUGCUCUCAGAAGCAGAACUGUGUAUUGUAUAGCAGAGUUGCAGAGCACCAGAAAAAUAUGUCAGUUUCUCCGGAUAUGGUCACUGCUGUUGAAAAAGAGAUCCAGCAUCUGGAACCCUCUCACUUGGAAUAUUUCCGUCUCUGGUAUUUGAUGCUAACCUUGGAGUCCAAAUACAAAGAUGAGAAAAAGGGGCAUAGAAAUAUAUGGAUGAUACCGGCUGCAGAAAGAGAGAAACACGGAGACUGCAUUGGAAAUAUGAUCAGAAUGGACAGUGUACAGGAAGUGACUGAUGGACAGUAUCGGCACUUGUUUCAGCGUAAAAAUGAUUCUAUGCCUGUGACAGCCCUGAUGAUAGGAGACAGAGUUGUUGUGAGUGGUGAAGAUGGUACUUUGCUUGGCUUGUCUGCUGGCUAUGUUGAAGAGGUCAACAGAACCAACAUCUCCUGCUUAUUAGAUAGGAACUUGUCACACCUCCCCAAGGACACUAUAUUUAGACUAGACCAUGAAGAAGGAGCUUUUGGCAUAGAUGUCCCCCUAGGAAACCUUUCUAAACUGAUGGAAAAUUCUCCUGCCUGUGAAAAACUUCGUAAUUUAAUAAUAGAUUUUCACAAACCUCAGUUCAUCCAACACUUGAGCUCUGUCCUUCCUCCAGAAGCAAAAGAAACUGUUGCAAAGAUUCUAAAAGGCCUGAAUAAACCUCAGAAGCAAGCAAUGAAGCAAGUGCUCCUUUCAAAGGAUUACACACUCAUUGUUGGUAUGCCUGGAACAGGAAAAACCACUACGAUCUGCACUCUGGUCCGAAUUCUGUAUGCUUGUGGAUUCAGUGUGCUCUUAACAAGCUUUACUCACACUGCAGUUGACAACAUUCUUCUGAAACUAGCAAAGUUCAAAGUAGGCUUUUUGCGGCUGGGCAGAGCACAGAAAGUUCAUCCAGACAUACGGAAAUUUACAGAAGAAGAAAUCUGCAAAUCCAAAUGCAUUAACACUGUAACUCAGUUGGAAGAGCUCUAUAAUAGUCAACCAGUUGUUGCAACAACAUGCAUGGGAAUAAAUCAUCCAAUUUUCACUCGUAAACAGUUCGACUUCUGCAUAGUUGAUGAAGCAUCUCAGAUUAGCCAACCAAUCUGUUUGGGUCCACUUUUCUAUUCGCUUCGGUUUGUGCUGGUGGGGGAUCAUCAGCAACUACCUCCACUUGUGCAAAAUGCAGAAGCAAGAGAUCUUGGCAUGAGUGAAAGUUUAUUCAAGAGAUUGGAACAAAACAAGGAUGCUGUGGUACAGCUAACUGUACAGUACCGGAUGAACAGUAAAAUUAUGACGCUGAGUAAUAAGUUAGUAUAUGAAGGCAAACUGGAGUGUGGCUCUGAGAGGGUGUCCAAAGCUGUAAUCGAUUUGCCGAAUUUAAAAGAAUUGAAACUGGAACAGGAGUAUUGUUCGGAAAUGUGGCUAAAGGAAACACUUGACCCAAACAACCCUGUUUGUUUUCUGAAUACUGAAAAGGUUUCAGCACCAGAACAGACAGAAAAAGGAGGUAUAAGUAAUGUGACAGAAGCCAGACUGGUACUCUUCUUGACAACCCUGUUUAUAAAGGCUGGUUGCAAGCCAUCUGAUAUUGGGGUCAUAUCUCCAUACAGACAUCAGUUAAAGAUAAUCACUGACUUGAUGACAAAUUCUUACAUCAAUAAAGUAGAAGUAAAUACUGUGGACAAGUAUCAAGGAAGAGACAAAAGUAUCAUCAUAGUGUCUUUUGUAAGGAAUAACUAUGAUGGAAAUCUUGGAGAACUUUUGAAGGACUGGAGACGUCUUAACGUUGCUAUUACAAGAGCUAAACAUAAAUUAGUUAUGGUGGGCUGUGUGCCAUCCCUAUGUCACUAUCCGCCUCUAAAGAAGUUACUUUGCUAUUUGAAGACAGAAGCUUUAAUAUCCUUUUUUUCUUUGACUAUUGUAAAACCAAACAUCACCAGUUACCUUAUUACUAGCAAACACAUCUAUAUUUUGAAGGUUUAA